AUGGCUUCUGAUCUCACCAUCGCUCUUCGUGAGUCCUACGAACAUGGCUCCUCAUUCUUCAGCGAUUCAGCAGCGCGAGACACGAAAACGAGAAUCCCUCUCCUGGGAUACCCCAUCCAUCACUCGAUGGCGCCCUUGGUCCAGAAUUACCUGUUCAACGGCAAGAAUCUACCAUGGCAAUACUACCUCUUGGAGUCGAAAGAGCCGAGUGAUUUGCUGAAAGUCCUGGACGAUCCGGCAGAGAAUUGCAUUGGUGCCGCUGUGACUAUGCCACACAAAGUCACAUUCAUGUCUCAUGUGGAUGAAGUCACAUCGUCAGGCAAAGUGAUAGGAGCAAUCAAUACCGUUUUCUUACGCCGAGACAAGACUACCGGCAAGCCAAGGCGCAUUGGCACCAACACGGAUACAAUUGGUAUUAGUAGAUCUUUCAGCACUGUUCCAUCGUCUUUGGUGUCUCCGGACGCUAAGAAUAAACCUGCCCUGGUGGUAGGGGGAGGUGGUGCUUCUCGCAGUGCCAUAUACGCUCUGCACUAUCUUAUGGGUGUUUCGGAGAUAUAUUUGGUCAGUCGAUUGAAAAGUGAGACAGAUGAACUUAUAGAUUGGUUCAAUCGCGAUGCGUCCACAACUUCGGGAUCCAAAUUCAACGGAAAAUUACGGGCACUGCAUUCUCUUGAAGAAGCGAAAACACUUCCUGCUCCAUAUUACGUUGUCAGCGCCAUCCCUGACUUCCCUCCACAGACAGAGGGCGAGAAACUAUCAUCCGCCAUUACCAGAGAGCUUCUUGGGCGACAAAGUGCGGCGGAGAAAGGACUUCUACUAGAAAUGUGUUACCACCCCAACAUCAGAACUUCCCUGUACGACUACGCUGAAAACAACGGGUGGUAUGUCAUACCAGGUACCGAGGCAAUGAUAUGGCAAGCAGUUGCACAACAAGUCCUCUGGACUGAGGCUGAGGUUGUCAACGAGGUCUCAAUCGUCGAAAAUCUUAAAAAGAUUGUCAGCGAGGAGAUUACACAAAGAGCGGCCAACGCCGCAACGUAA